CAAAAAAACAAAAUAAUAGUGAGAGAGAAAAAGAAAGAAAUGAAAAGAGAAGAAGCGAAGAUAACAAAAACCAUAAAGAGGGUAACCCCAUAUCUUCUUCCAUUCACCUAAUAUACUCCUCUCCUCGCAAACCGUUCUUCUUCUUCUUCAUCUUCAUCUUCAUCUUCUUCAUCUUCAUCUUCUUCUUUCAAACCCUAGAUACAACUCUUCAUCGAUGUUCAUGAUGAUGAUGCUUUUCUAACCGUAGCUUGUGUUUGCUCUCACUGCAACAACAACCAACAACAACAACCUUCCAGCAUUUCGCAUUUCUCUCGCGAUUUCACUCUUCGAUCCUCACUUCGAUCGCUCUCCGUUUCCUUCCCCUUCGCGAUUCGCAUCCCGAUCCUCCUCUUUCACCACCGAGCUUCAUCGAUCUGUUGGAUAUUUCGUGCUCUUGUUUUGGUGAUGAAAGAUUAGGUACAUUCUUUUGGUUGUGUGGUGGUGGAGUAUAUUUUGCUGAAAGUAGAAUCCUUUUACUUGAUGAUUUUUGCCGUUUUCGGGGUUUGUUUAAGUGGGCUAUGAUUUGAAUGGGGAGAGGAUGCCAGAGUUGAGGAGUGGAGCUAGAAGGUCGAAGCGGCUUGGAGAUCUUCAGACCGGUCCACUACCUGCUGAUCAAGGAGAGAAUUGGGCACAGCCUGCUCAAAACAGGACGACUAGGAGGAGAGUUGGAGGUGGUAGAGGAAGAGGCGGUAAUGCCACAGCUGUAGGUAAAGGGCCUUCACCAGCUGUACCAACAAGGCGAACUGCAGCUGGUAGAGGCCGCGGAGCAAGAUUGGUUGAUCUAGAUCCUGAACCUUGUGAAUUCCUUCCAGAACCUGUUGCUUUAGGGGUUCCGGAACCCGGUUACAAUAACGUAGAAGUUGUGGCCAAUAAUAAUAUUGCUAUGGAGGGUGGAAGUGGAGAGAAGGUGGUGGCAGCCGAAGAAGAAGCAAGCACAGCCCCAGUCCCUGAGAGGGUUCAAGUUGGUAACUCUCCUGUAUAUAAGAUAGAAAAGAAGUUGGGUAAGGGUGGUUUUGGUCAAGUUUAUGUUGGCAGAAGGGUUAGCGGCGGUUCGACUGAUCGAACUGGUCCUGACGCAAUUGAGGUUGCACUCAAGUUUGAGCAUAGAAAUAGUAAAGGUUGUAAUUAUGGGCCUCCUUAUGAGUGGCAAGUCUACAGUACUCUGAAUGGUUGCUAUGGCAUUCCCUGGGUUCAUUACAAGGGUCGACAAGGAGAUUUCUAUAUUUUGGUCAUGGACAUGCUUGGGCCCAGUCUUUGGGAUAUGUGGAAUAAUCUUGGCCAGUCGAUGUCGCCAAGUAUGGUUGCGUGCAUUGCUGUGGAAGCAAUAUCAAUUCUUGAGAAGCUCCAUUUGAAAGGGUUUGUGCACGGAGAUGUAAAACCAGAAAACUUUUUGCUUGGUCAACCUGGAUCGGCUGAUGAGAAGAAGUUAUAUCUUAUUGAUCUUGGCUUGGCUUCUAAAUGGAAGGAUGCGUCAACUGGUCAACAUGUUGAAUAUGAUCAGAGACCCGAUAUAUUCAGGGGAACAAUAAGGUAUGCUAGUGUACAUGCUCAUUUAGGUAGGACUGGAAGUCGAAGGGAUGAUCUUGAGUCACUGGCAUACACGCUAAUAUUUCUCAUAAAAGGGAGAUUACCAUGGCAGGGUUAUCAGGGCGACAACAAAAGUUUUCUUGUUUGUAAGAAAAAGAUGUCCACUUCUCCAGAGUUGAUGUGCUGCUUUUGUCCCGCUCCAUUUAAGCAUUUCUUAGAAGCAGUCACUAACAUGAGAUUUGAUGAAGAGCCAAAUUAUUCCAAGCUUAUAUCAAUUUUUGACAGCUUGAUUGAACCAUGCACUCCAUUGAGACCUAUUAGAAUUGAUGGAGCUUUAAAGGUCGGUCAAAAGCGAGGAAGGAUGCUUAUAAAUCUGGAAGAAGAUGAGCAGCCUAAGAAGAAAGUGAGAUUGGGGAGUCCUGCUACUCAAUGGAUAUCAGUGUAUAAUGCACGCCGUCCCAUGAAGCAGAGAUAUCACUAUAAUGUUGCGGACAAUAGGCUCCGGCAGCAUGUAGACAAGGGUAUUGUUGAUGGCUUGUACAUAAGCUGUGUGGCAUCUUCAGCGAAUUUGUGGGCCCUGAUCAUGGAUGCCGGGACAGGUUUUUCCGCACAGGUUUAUGAGUUAUCGCCAGCCUUUCUACAUAAGGAUUGGAUUAUGGAGCAAUGGGAGAAAAAUUUCUAUAUCAGUUCAAUAGCUGGUGCAGUGAACGGAAGUUCCUUGGUUGUCAUGUCCAAAGGAACUCCUUACACACAGCAGUCCUACAAAGUAAGCGAAUCAUUUCCCUUCAAAUGGAUAAACAAGAAGUGGAAAGAAGGAUUCCAUGUUACCUCCAUGACUACUGCUGGCACUCGCUGGGGUGUUGUUAUGUCUAGGAAUGCUGGGUUCUCUGAUCAGGUUGUGGAGCUUGACUUUUUAUACCCAAGUGAAGGAAUUCAUCGACGGUGGGAGAAUGGUUACCGAAUUACUUCUAUGGCUGCUACUAAUGACCAGGCAGCCUUCAUUCUGAGCAUACCUAAACGCAAAUUGCUUGAUGAAACUCAAGAGACUCUGCGUACAUCUGCUUUCCCCAGUACCCAUGUAAAGGAGAAAUGGUCGAAAAACCUCUAUAUUGCCUCAAUAUGUUAUGGGCGAACUGUUUGCUAGCUUCCGCAGUGAACAUUUGCUAUAUCCUCUGAAGAAAGAGGCAAAAUUAGAAAGAUGAGAGGAUUUCCGUGAUUUGGAAUAGGUGGGUUUGGUUUUGCCCCCAGACCCAGUCACUGAGGAAAAUCCCUCUCAUAUAAGAGUUUUGUUAUAAUUGUAUAAAAAUGAGAAGGGUAAUGGAGAAACAGGUGUGAGCUAUGCUGUGUGAGAGCAUGUUCCCCUACCAACCCCAGCCAAUGGUAGCAAUGAUUUGGUGGGCAUUAACUUGUUACCUGGGCUGGCUAUUUUGGCCAUGUAUCAUGGUUGUGCUUUAACAAUUUGCGAUUUUGUAUGUAAUGAUAUAAAAUUUUACCAACAUCAUAAACAUAAAACAACGAAUUUUAAGAUAUGAUGAUUUCUAGAUUUGAAGACUAA